AUGGCGCUGCUGAGGUCGGGCUGGUUGUGGAGACAGACUUCAGUCCUAAAACGCUGGAAGCUAAACUGGUGCGACCUUUGGAUAGACGGGAGUCUUUGCUUCUACAAGACCGAGAGCAGGAGACAUCUGGAGCACCGCGUCGGCCUCAAAGUAUCAUGUAUAGACGUCCGGUCCGGCCUGGAGUGUGGAGGCGUGACUCCACCAGAGACGAACCCCAGAGAGAAUCUCAUCGUGGUUCAUCUCAGAGACGGCUCAACGCUCAACCUGUGUGCCAACAGCGAGGACGAAUCCCUAGCCUGGAAGCUGACUCUGCUGGACACCAGGAGGAACCCGGUGUUCACGUAUGAUCCAUAUGAUGACUCCUACCAGGCUGUUCCUCUCAACAACUACCACACCGUCUACAUCACGCCCGGAGCAGGACCAGGUGGAACCCACCAGGUGGUCGUUCAAAGGGACCCGUUCGAUGGGAUCGCGGAGAAUCUGGCGCUGGGAAUCCUGGCGGGCAUGGCGGCAGGAGCAGCCAUGAGAUCCUUCCUCUGGAUGCCGUUCUUCCUCUGCUGAGACGUCGUCAAAGCAACCGGGCUCCACGUAGACCGUCUGUCCCCGUAGAACCGAGCCGGAUAUCCAAUGAGAAGGUGUCAUCUCAUCUCUGUUCACGUUUGCUCGAACAAACAACGAUUUCAGUGGUUGCUCUGUUUCAUGCAUGUAAAACCAAAGAAGCUGAGAAGGAUGCUGCGUAUUUAUAUGUUCUUCAUGCUUGUACAGAACACAGGAAGUGGAUUUUGUAUCUGCGUGUUCUUUUGCCUGCUGAAUUUUCCACUUUGCGAGGCUGUAAAAAGUGUAAACGAUUCGCCUUUUUAGACAGAAGUUGAUGAAUUAAAAUACA